AUGGGGCACGACGACGAUGCUCAGACAGCAGGCGGGGAAAAUCAAGCUGACAGCGGUCAGCCACCAAGCGAGGCGCCAACGGAAGGUGCGCCUGAGCGCAAAAAAUCAGUGGAAAAAGUCCCCACCGAAGAUCCUAAUGCCACCACGAUAACCGAUGGAAAUACACCAUUCCAAACCGCGCUCGCUUCGAAAUUCGACCGCAUUCCGCUAAUAAAGUCGAAACUACAAGUUGUAGAUAAAGAGUGGGAGAUUCCCCUGCAUAUCAUCUACUCGAGUACUGACCUGAUUACAGCAAAACGCAUCAUUCCCUUUGUAAAACAGCUCAUCUGGCGAGUGGUAGAGACCACCAGAGAUCUAGACCCGAAAAACGAUGUCCGCUAUUUGCGACUGGUCAGCGAUGUCAACGAAGUUGUCGUAAUGCCAAUGUUCCCGCGCCAUUUUUUGGUGGUGGUACAGGAGCCGCGAUCGGAGCCUAAUGUCUUAUUUGAAAAUAUGGGCAUUGUUACAACGCACCCCCAGGUGAAAACUGAUGAUUCGGAAGCACUCCAUAAACAUCACAAAAAUAAAUACCACGCUGCCAAAGCCAAAGGCGGAAAUGCAGACGAAGCUGGACACUAGAAGCAGUCAUAAACUGCUUGUCAUUGUUACUUUGAUUGCUUGUGGAGAAGACUGCCGCUGUUUUGGCGAAUAUGGCGCAAUUUGGAUAGCAUUUCAAAGCUAUCAUUCGACCUAGCUGUGCUUUAUUAAUUACUCUUUGGCUGCACAAGGAAUUUUGAAAAGGUCACUAUAAUGUGAUGCAUCUGCUCGAUUCGCACGAAGAUUGUGUUGCAUACGUACGGAUUGAAAUAAGUAAAACAAAUCAGUAUCCCUG